CUGGGACCUGUUCAGGCCCCUUCGAGCCCAAGUAAUGCUCAUCUUUUACAGCAACGGCACAUUUCUUCUUCCCCGAGGUCGCGGCCGGCGCCCCCAAAACCCUCGAGAUCUCGCUAGUCCGCACACCCCUCCACAGACACCCCAACCUCCAGCUCUCGAUCCCAGCCCGGCGGAGCCACCAGCACCGGAGGCGCGCCCGAGAUGCGCCCCAACAUCAUCACGGAGGCUGGGGUUUCAACUAGGCUGAACCAGUGGUGGGGCAGCACCCCAUUCAUUACUUCUGGCCUUACCAUAAUAUGUGCGGCGAUAUAUCUGGUGUGCCUGUUGGUUGGAUAUGACUCCUACGCCGAGAUAUGCUUCUUGCCUUCUGCAGUGGCCUCACAUUUGCAAGUGUACAGGUUCUACACAUCUGUUCUGUUUCAUGGCUCUUUGCUUCAUGUGCUAUUCAACAUGCUGACCUUUGUACCCUUGGGGACCGAGUUGGAGAGAAUUAUGGGAUCAGUCCGUCUCUUGUUCCUGAUGUUCCUUCUUGCAACAACCAAUGCAAUUUUCCAUCUCAUCGUCGCCUUCUUGGUGGAUUAUAAUCCUUUAUACCAUGUCUCAUAUCUUGUGGAUGAAUGUUCGAUUGGCUUUUCUGGAGUUAUAUUCUCAAUGAUAGUCAUUGAGACAAGCCUGAGUGGAGUGCAAUAUCGAAGUGUCUUCGGUCUCUUCAAUGUCCCUGCAAAAUGGUAUGCAUGGAUUUUGCUGAUACUGUUUCAGUUUCUCGCUAGUAAUGUUUCAUUACUGGGGCACCUCUCUGGCAUCUUGUCUGGAUUUGCAUACACUUAUGGGUUGUUCAACUACUUGCUGCCUGGACCAUCAUUUUACUCUUCUAUCGAAGGCUUGUCCAUGCUAUCUGUUUGUGUUAGGCGUCCUGGCUUUAUUCUCUGUACUGGAGGAACAACAUAUGGCCAGCUUCCUACACAUUCUAACAUGUCCACUCCACCCAGCGCUCUGAUAAAUGCAAAUUUCUUGAGAAAUAUUUCGUCAUGGAUGCCAAGUAGGCGGACAUCCACUGUUCAGACGUCUACUAAUCAGGAACAAGAAGACCCGAGAUUUCCAGGGAGAGGGCGGACGCUUGCUUCUACAGGAACUGAACCAACUGCAAGGGAGGCCAAUGCAAAUUUGCAUGCUAGGUUGUUGGAUAACUCAACCCCAAGCGACCUUCUAACAAAUUCACAGCAUACAGCAGCAAACGCUGUCAGAGCUGAUGCAACAGUAACAGCUGACCAGACUGAUACAUUUGAUGAAGAGCUUAAGAAGUUGGUUGCGAUGGGCUUUGAAAGGACUCAGGCUGAAGUUGCUCUUGCCGCCGCGGACGGAGAUCCAAACGUUGCCAUUGAGAUUCUCAUGAGCCAGCAGGAUUAGGGAUUAGCCACACAAUUCUAUAUCGAAGUGAGCGCAGUUAUCGAGCAUCAUAUCUCUUGCUUAUCUGGAGGUUAGGUUCAGACUGUGGAUGGGUAGUGGACUUUAUAGAGAUCAUGGUGACAGAGUGGUUUUCGGAGAAGGUGCCAUUGAUUAUGCAAUUUGUAUAGGUGCAGAAGCUACUGUGUAGUGCCUGCUUGCAUUUGUCCAAUCUUAUGUAGUACACUAGUACUGAACAUGGAAGUGUCAAGGGCUCCAGUUCCAGGCAUCAGUUGACUGAUUUCAUCACCGCGCGUGUAUACACUAAGACUUGAAAGUAUUAUCCAAAAUGAUGACGCUGAUUAUCCA